AACCAAACGAAGCGUACGUACCUUCUUCUUACCAGACCUACAGACCUCCAUACCGUUCUUGCCUUAUUAUUUACUCAAGUGGACUCAUCCGGUUGAAUAAACCACGUAGUUCAGCCUCAUCCACUUUAUUUUACACCUUCUAUUCUUAUUCCUUUCUCCUUUUUUUAUUGCUCCAUAUAUACAACAACAACCUUGCCUUUUUGCAUUUCCGGGUUUUCGUCUUUUUUUCUCUUAUAUUUCUUGACUUGCGCAUCAUAGAGAACGGACUGUUUUUUUCUUGCAUUCUCAUUUUUAGCAUUCGGCAUUUGUUUAUCAACCGGAGAAAAGAAGGCAGAAAGCACGUAACUCUCUCGCCUAGCAGCGGCGCCUGAAUGCGUUGGCGCCUAGACUGGGGCCCAUCCAUUCAUCAUCAAUCUCGUGAUCUACAUCCGUCCGAGCACUCAACAUACACUCACCUUCUCCGACAUAUCAUCGAGAUCGAGCUUUUACAUCUAUUUCAUUCCCAGCCAGUCCUAAAUUCAUAUCCCGAUAUCACUACUUAUUUCGAUCUCACCGAUUCCCGGCUAGAUGACGCCGCCGUCGCUUCGCAUCUUGUGCUUCGGCGACUCGCUGACGGCGGGAUACCCCGCGAGCCAACCGUACGCGGAGAAGCUGAAGGAGAAGCUCGAGGAUGCGCUGUUGGUGCAUAGUUAUAGUGAGAUCGAGUAUGAGGUUGAGGGCGUGCCAGGGGAUUUGGUGACGCGGGGGUCGUAUUUGCAGCGCAUGAGGGAUUCUUGGAGAAUAGCGACACAAGCCAAGGAACCUUAUGACUGGACAAUCGUACUAGGCGGGACGAAUGACCUUGGUUGGGGCUGCACUCCUGAGGAUAUUGUUGCUGCCUUGAAGCGGACAUGGGAGAUACCUAUGUUCAAGGGUGGAAAGGUGCUCGCUCUCACAAUACCAGAUACGAGGUCCCGGUAUAAAGAUGUCAAGGAGCGGAGAGAACAGGUGAAUAAGGCGAUUAAGGAGCAUAAGAAGCAGGGCUUCUUUUACUUCGAUUUAUAUAAUGCAUUACCAUACCACGAAAUGGUACCUGAAGACAGACCAAAGUAUUGGCAAAUGGACGGUGUCCACCUCACAGCUGAUGGCUACAAUUUGAUGGGGGAGAAGAUUGCCGAAGAACUAAUCAGAAUCGUGAAACUUGCAGAGGCCCAAGAAACCGAUAUUAGUACCAUCGCCUCGGAUCCACGACAGAGGGCAGCUAUCGAGGAGAUGAUAUUCGAAGAGGAGCGAGGGAACCCGCGAUUGCUUAGUCAAGGAUACAUAGUAGUCCGCAAGAGAGACCUAGACUAGAUUAUAUUAAUUCAUAAGAUGCACACUCUCAAUUAU